GGCGGUCGGCCAGUGGCCUGGGAUCUGUCGGAGGAAGCGGUCGUCCCGCGGCCCCUCAGGCGCCAUGUCAUUCUGCAGCUUCUUCGGGGGCGAGGUUUUCCAGAACCACUUUGAGCCAGGGGUCUAUGUGUGUGCCAAAUGCGGCUACGAGCUCUUCUCCAGCCUCUCGAAGUACGCACACUCGUCCCCGUGGCCGGCCUUCACUGAGACCAUUCAUGCUGAUAGCGUGGCCAAGCGUCCUGAGCACAAUUUGCCUAAAGCCUUAAAGGUGUCCUGUGGCAAGUGUGGCAACGGGCUGGGACAUGAGUUCUUGAACGAUGGCCCCAAGCCGGGGCAGUCCCGCUUCUGAAUAUUUAGCAGCUCGCUGAAGUUCAUCCCGAAAGGCAAAGGAACUUCUGCCUCUCAGGAGCCGUAGGCGGGCAGCACACACUUAUACUAGCCGGACACUGCGCUGUAGCCACACCCCAGCCAGCCUACCUCGGAACUGGAACCCCAGACACUCAGACAGGGGAGGGGGCUAGCUGAAGCAUCAGGAAGUCUCGGCUCUGCACAGGUUCUCCUGGGGAAAAGCACUGCUCUGCAGCCAUAGCCCACACCCUGGUGCCCUCUGGGGCCCCCUGUGGGCUUACCUUGGCCUCUUGCUCGUAUGGGAGUCUCAGGGAGGUGGGCUGUAAGCCUAGCUUGUCUCUGAAUGACGGUACACCCCCACCUUCUCUUCUCCUCAGCCCGCUGCCCCCUCCCUGUCUGGACUCGCCCUUGGGGGACCCGAUUCUGAGCCCGGCUCUGGCCCCCGCCAAAGCUCGCGCCCAUCUCCCCCAGGAUGGGCUACGAGACAGAGUGCGGAGGGAGGCAGCCCUGGCCGGCUGCUCCGGCCCUGGUCACUACAUGAUUCACUCUGGCCAAAGCCUUCCAGGCAGCCGGAGUGGUGAUGACCUGUGACCACUGGAGCAGCAGACCAGGGGCCAGAUUUCUGGUCUCUCAGUUCUCAGAGGAGAGAUCCUGAGCCGGGUUUCACAACCGCACCUCACCUGGGCUUAGGAAAGAGGCUGUUGCUCCAUCACCUUGGUUGUGCAAGGCCAGGGCCCGGAAGUUCACAGCCCACAGCCCACACCUUCCCCGGGAGCAGCGUGCCUUCUUGUACACACUCUGAAGCCUUCCCUGUCUGGAAAGGUGGGUGGUGCCCAAGCCACUCCCAUCUUGAUUCCUCUCCUGAGUACCCGGGGGGGUCAGUAAACAAACGGAAUACAG